UUUUUUUUUUUUUGCUUUACUGGCUAGGUUUUUAAUAAGUACGGCGUUGUAGGCUUGUUUCUUCAUCAGGUACAAUGGCAUCCUUACUUACCACACUCUUCAUCUCCAUCUCCAUCUCCAUUCCAUUCCAGCUUGCACCCCUAACACCACCUCGCCCAUCCUCAAACCUCAACUCACAACUCCUAUCUCCGCGCCCCACCCCGCGGACCGCGCCGCUUCUUCGCUCAACUCCGCUCACCUCCAUGCAUGCACGUACAUACACACUCAUCCCAUCACACCACAGCCUUCCUCCGCCCCCAAACACGUUGCCCUUUGCCCUCCGCAAUCUAUCUCCUCAACCGCCCUCCACCAGCGGCGCAGUACCGGUAGUCCUCCAUGCACCACCGUAUCACCUGUGUAUAUCCUCAUGCACCCCACGCCCGCGGCGCGUGCGGCCAGUAGGAGCAUUUCACGCUCGGCACCCCACGCGCUGCCGACGCGUUCAGCCUCGUUCGUUGGUGCGGCAGCAGCGGCAAGCGACAACGUGUCCGCGUCCCGCUCACUUCAAACACCACGAUCGAUGGAAGUUUUCUUUGCUUUUCGAUGGUGCAAUCGGCCCCGGUGACUAAAUGCGGAAGCUGGGAAGUUAUCUCUUGCAUGGGAGGGCUGGGAGCGUGGAGGUGUAGGGCGUGGUGAGUGGUUCGACGGGCUGAUUCCUAAACAUGGGGAUGUUAGUAUCCGAGGACGUGGGUGUUGAUAUAUUGAUGAUGUUUGGGGGUAGGUGCCGAUUCGUUGCCGUCUGUUCGUACAUGCAUGAAGGACGUUGUUGUGCGACUUGUCAUGCGAGAAGGAAGGCUGGGAUGAGCUGUGCUGAUAUUUUCUUCUGUUGAGGAGCGGGUGAGCGGGCGGGCGGUUC